GGAGAGAGACUCACUGUUGAUGUGGCAGUUUCUCUUUUCGGCCCGUUCCAAUUCCCAGAAGGUCUGAGACCCGUGUCUCCCGUGUUCUGGGUGUGUGUCCGUGAGCAUAGAAACUUCAAAUUCUCCAAACCAGUCUUAGUCAACAUCCCUCACUUUCUAAAUAUUGAACAUGACGACGACAUCACAUCUCUAGGUCUCACUUUCCUCAAAGCAGACCACAACAAGAACUCUGAGGGUCUGUACGAAUUUAAGCAAACACCAGGAGAGAUGGACUUGAAAACUACAAAAAGACUUGGUGUUAUUAAAAUGUCACACUUUUACUCUCUCUGUCUUACCUCUAAAGACAUACCGAAAUGUUUAGAGAAAGCAUUGUUUUGCAUUACAGCAGUAUUACCAAAAUUCUCAGUACCAAUUGGCAAGAAAGCUCAGGCUCACUUUUUAAUCACAUUCUUGAAUCUAAAAACUUGCCUUUAUAAAGUCAAGGAUAUCGUUGAAAGUAUGGACUUAGAAGGAUAUUGCACAAAACAGAGAAAAUUCCAGUUCAAAGCGAGUACUACAGCUGCAAUAGAGAUCGUCAUAAGUAAUCCAUGCUGUGGAAUGAUUGGGCUGGAUGGAAGCCAAAAGAUAUUUAGAAGUGAAGUGGACUUCUUUUUUAAAAGAAGACUAUCGCAGGGAGAACUAGAGUGUCUAAAGAGUGAUGAUUUCUAUCCUCCGCGAUUUGACGUGUUCUUUGCCUCCUACCAGGAGAAUGCAACACUCAGUGAUGGCAAGAUUGCCUUCAGAGGGGCCACUAGUAACAUUGAAUUUAAUAUCCAUCUCGAU